AUGUCCACCACUAUUCACGAUAAUACAACACAUGGAGAGCACUUAGAAGUUAAAUCUCCACUGUUCAUACAGCAGAACACUUCAAAAUCAUCAUCAUCAACAACCUAUUAUAGUAGUUACGACCAUGUACAAAUACAAACAGUAGAAAUGACCAAGGCAGAGAAUGCGAAAUUGUUUGGAAAUGCAGUGGAUUGGAUAUUGAAUGCGAUUGUGUUGCCAGUGCUCAAUUGGACUAGUAUUCCAAUAUUGAUAUUUUUCAUAUUGAUGAGCAACUUUCAAUUGAUUGCUUUUGAAUGGUUAUUCGAAUCUGAGGGAGAUUUUUUCAAUACUGUAGAUUUUGAUAUCAUUGCAACAAUUGACAAGUAUUUAAUGUUUGGAUUGGCAAUGCCACACGAAUUGUUGGCCAAUUUGUAUCAUCCAUUCUUGGAUGUCUUCUUUGCCAUUCCAUAUCUGGCUCACUUUGUCUAUCCACUUGCAGUUUAUCCAGUCAUUGUUUGCAUUUUCCUGUGGAAACCUAACAGAGAAUCAUUGAAAGAAACAGUCAUCAUACCAACCUAUCAAAUGCUUCGACGAUUCAUCCCUGGAAAGAGUUCGACCAAUGAAUCUUCACUCAAUGAUGAUAUUGUUUCGUCCUACACUGGAAAUUCAACCGAUUCCUCCAUCUCUCCAAAAUAUCAAGUUUCUAACUACAAACUCAAAUGCUACUUACUCUCAUUGGGUGUCAUUUCAAUCAUUCAGGUUACAUUAUGUUUCUUCUUCCCAACAGCGCCACCUUGGUUCAGAGAUAACACCAUUAAAUAUGAAGAAUACUAUGAGAUGAUUGGUGAUGCAACACUCGAUAUGCCACUUCCAGUCUUUCCACUCUAUGCACCAGAGGCAAGAUUUGAAAUGGUUGAUCGUUUAAUUGGUUAUGAAUUAUUUGCAGGAAUUUAUGGAAAGGGAACUAUCAAGUUUGGAAGUUUCUACUCCCUUCAUGUUGGUUGGACUGCCAUUAUUACCUUUAUUGAACUAUUUGUUGUUUAUAAGCAAGAAUCAAAUGUUGAUGAAGAAAGUUUGACAAGAAGUGAAAAGAGUGGAAAAUCUUGGACUUUUUAUCAAAUAUUCAUGAUUCAAUAUUUGGUUUGGAUUUUCCUGGCGAGUAUGUACUCUGCUCAUCACUUUAUGAUUGAUGGACUUGUGGCAGUCGUGCUGGCAGUUAUUAUUACAAAAUUGUCAACCAUGAUUAUUAAGAAUGAUUCAAAACCAAAAAAAGAAAAUUAA